AUGUCAAAGGAUUUCGAUGUUGUCGCAAACUACAAGAGUUUGCUCCUGAACUCACCCGAACUGUCCAUGCCCGUUGCUGCCAUUCAGUCUCUUGUGGAGCUCAUCAAGCAUUCCAACGCCACGACAAUGUCAGAGUUCAUGCUGUCAAUAAACGUGGCCAGCCAGUUGUUGAAGUCCUCAGUCCGGAAUUCGAUCUCACUCUCCGCAGGAUGUGAUCUCUUCUUGCGGUUCGUGACCAGGAAUUCUCAGGAUGUGGCCGAGUUUGAGACAUGGAAGGCAACGUUGAUUGUCCGUGGUCAGAGUUUUGUCGAGAAGGCCGAUGCCUGUCGUUACAAGAUUGCAGAGUUGGGUGUGCCAUUUAUCAAGGACGGCUCGACGAUCUUGAUCCAUGCCCAUUCCCGUGUUGUCUCGCUCUUGCUCCAGAAGGCCGCCGAGAACCAUAAGCGCUUCAAGGUCUUUGUCACAGAGUCCAGUCAGACUCGCGGAGGCAUUCGGUCGGCAAAGAUGUUGCGGGCUGCAGGAAUUCCUACAACCAUUAUUCUGGAUGCUGCGGUCGGAUAUGUGAUUGACAAGGUCGACAUGGUCCUUGUUGGCGCUGAGGGAGUUGUUGAAAACGGAGGGUUGAUUAAUCAGAUUGGAUCAUACCAGAUGGCUAUCGUUGCUAAGGCUGCCAACAAGCCCUUCUAUGCCGUCGCUGAGAGUUACAAGUUUGUUCGUCUGUUCCCAUUGAACCAGUACGACCUCCCAACGUACAAUGCCGACACGCUCUCAUUCCAGGAACUGAACGUCGACUAUGACUCCAAGUCAGACGAUGCUGGAUUCGUGACCCCGAGCGCAUUAUCACAAACUGCUCUGCACAUGAAGACAUCGGAGGAUCAAGGUUCGCAGGGAUCCAACCCCUUGGUGGAUUACACGCCUCCCAACUACAUCACAUUGCUGUUUACGGAUCUGGGUGUCCUUACACCCUCUGGAGUCUCUGACGAGCUGAUCAAGUUAUAUUUGUAA